AGAAUAUACAAAUUAAACACACGCACAUAUAUAUAUACACACACAUUGACGAUCAAUAGACCAUCAAAGAGAUAGCCGUUCAUUCCAAAUAAUACAAUCGCAAUAACUUCCAGCUUGGUAGGUCCUUUGUAUCUGUUAAUUAAUUCUCCGAUUCCAAAGAUGGAAGCUGGCCGACAUCAUGAUGCUGAGCCCACCACAAAUGCAAACAAAUAUAGCAAUUUGACAGAAGGCGAUUCUUUAGCAAAUGGGGCUAGCUUUGAUCCAAAAGUUAGAUCAGAAUGCAAGCCGGGGGAGAUUCUCCGGAACUUAGAGAAUGUUUCCUAUAUAUAUAGACAAGAUGUUGUGAAAAGCAAAACUGAUGAGAAGAUUGGGAUAGUCACCGAGGUUGCUGGUGACUCAGAUUCAGAUAGCAGCUUAACUGAUGAUGAAGAUGAGGAUGAGGAUGAUGGAGAAGAAGACGAUGACGAUGAUGAUGGUGGUGGUGUUCAUUAUGAUGAUGAUGAUGAUGGUGAUUCCAACACAGAAGAGGAUAGGGAUAACAAUGAAAAGGCCGAGGAAACUAAUGAUGGGAACAAAGACCGUAGUAACUAUAAGAAUGAUCCGCUUGUCGCAGACCAUGUUCGAGUCCUCUGGAUGGAUGAGACUGAGUCAACAGAGAGUAUUAAUAAUGUCAUUGUUGUCGACAGAGGAUUUCUACAGGGUGAUUAUGUUGCUGCAGCUUCUGAUCCAACAGGUCAAGUAGGACUGGUGGUUGAUAUCAAUAUAUCCGUAGAUUUGUUAGCGCAUGAUGGAUCUAUGUUUAAAAAUGUCUCAUCUAGGGAUUUGAAACGUGUUCGGGAUUUUACAGUUGGUGAUUAUGUUGUCCUUGGCCCUUGGUUGGGUAGGAUUGAUGAUGUUUUUGAUAAUGUCACUGUGAUGUUUGAUGAUGGUUCUGUAUGUAAAGUUAUGAAGGCUGACCCUUUACGUCUUAAACCAGUUGGUAGGAAUGGCCUUGAAGAUGGACAUUUUCCUUUCUAUCCUGGUCAGCGUGUAAAAGCAAGCUCAUCAUCAGUUUUCAAGAACUCCAGAUGGUUAUCUGGCUUGUGGAAAGCAAAUAGGUUAGAAGGUACAGUAACUAAAGUUACUGUUGGUUCUGUUUUCAUCUACUGGAUUGCAUCUGCUGGAUUUGGACCCAAUUCCUCCACUACUCCAGCUGAAGAACAAAAUCCGAAGAACUUGAAACUGAUGUCCUGCUUUUCUCAUGCAAGCUGGCAACUAGGUGACUGGUGUCUUCUUCCUUCAUCAUCUUUUGCCUUGGACAAGCAAUUGUCAAAAUUACAACUUAGUGACUCCACCAAAACUGUAUCAGAGUCUUCUCAAUCUUUAGCAGAUUGUGAUUCAGAAGUUGUCAAUUUGGAGGAAUCAACAGGGAAUAGUGAAUGUAUGGAAAAUGAUGUGGAAUCUUCUGUGGAUGGCAAUUGUGAAACUUUAGAGCAUGAUUCCCUUGCAGAGUCCAGUACAUGUGCUAAUUCACUGUCAGUUCCCAAGGAAUCAGGCCAAGAGUCAUGGCCCCUUCAUCGUAAAAAGAUCCGCAAAGUUGUGGUUAGGAGAGAUAAAAAGGCACGUAAGAAAGAGGAAAAUUUUGAAAGAGCUCUUCUAAUUGUGAAUACUAGGACUUCUGUUGAUGUUGCCUGGCAGGAUGGAAAAAUAGGAAGAGGUUUGGAAUCUACAUCCUUGAUCCCUAUUGAGAGCCCCGGAGAUCAUGAAUUUGUUGCUGAACAGUAUGUCAUAGAGAAAGCUGCUGAUGAUGCUGACGAUGCUAAUGAUGUUAGGCGUGUUGGGGUUGUGAAAAGUGUUAAUGCAAAGGAACGUACAGCUUCUGUGAGGUGGUUAAAGCUAGUUACCAGGGCAGAGGACCCCAAGGAGUUUGACAAAGAGGAAGUGGUCAGUGUAUAUGAGCUCGAGGGGCAUCCUGACUAUGACUAUUGUUACGGUGACGUUGUUGUUCGUUUGUUACCUGUUUCUCUACCAGCAAAAGUGGGUGCUGUUGUGAAAUCUACAGAAGAAUCAGAAAAUUUGUUGGUUCCAAUUGAAGCCGAAGAAGAUGAGCAAAAGCAUUCGAGAUGCAAUGAAGCAGAAGCCGGUCCAAGUGAUGAUACUUGUUCCGAAUUUUCAAAUCUCUCUUGGGUUGGGAAUAUCACUGGACUCAGAGAUGGAGACAUCGAAGUCACGUGGGCUGAUGGGAUGAUAUCCCUGGUCGGGCCUCAAGCAAUUUAUGUUGUUGAUCGUGAUGAUGAUGAGUCUAUCGCGGCCGGAAGUGAUGUUGGUGAUGAUGCAGCUAGCUGGGAAACAAUUGAAGAUCAUGAAAGGGAGGUCCUGGGGAAUGUAGAAGAGGAACUUGGAACAACAAAUGCUACUGACAUCAGUAUUGAAGAUGAUGAUGGUGCCAUGGCCACUGAAGAUUCAGGAAGGAAUGGGGCUCUGGCUAUUCCCCUGGCUGCACUAGGAUUUGUGACCAGGCUGGCCUCUGGAAUAUUUUCUAGGGGCCGCAAACAGACUGAUUCUUCGAGUUUAGAUUCCAGAAGUGAAGAUGAAGAAAGGGAGGGUGCAUUGGCCAGAAUAUAUACUGGCGAUGAAUCAUGGUCCCAAAGGUCUGGAGACCUUGAUAAUUCUCCAAGGCUACCUGCUGCAGAAAAGGGAGAACAACAUGACACUAUGGAAGUGACAGAGUUGGACGUCAUUGAGGCUAACUUGAAGCCAGGAAUAGGAAAUUCCUCAGAUCAACGUGAUAACCAAACGUAUAGUUUUAAACGCUUUGAUAUCACAACGGGUCCUUAUGAUCAUCAUUUUCUUGGUACAAGUGGCCAGAAUAAUGCUGGGAGGAAGUGGCUUAAGAAAGUUCAACAAGAUUGGAACAUCCUUCAGAAUAACCUGCCAGAUGGAAUAUAUGUACGUGUUUAUGAAGAUCACAUGGAUCUUCUAAGGGCAGUGAUUGUUGGAGCAUAUGGGACUCCUUACCAAGAUGGCUUAUUCGUCUUUGAUUUCCACCUUCCACCUGAGUACCCUGAUGUUCCACCAUCAGCAUAUUAUCAUUCUGGUGGCUGGCGGAUAAAUCCAAACCUGUACGAGGAAGGGAAGGUCUGUCUCAGCCUUUUAAAUACUUGGACGGGCAGAGGAAAUGAGGUCUGGGAUCCUUCAUCCUCAAGUAUACUUCAAGUCCUAGUUUCACUUCAAGGGCUAGUCUUGAAUUCCAGGCCAUAUUUUAAUGAAGCUGGUUAUGACAAGCAAGUUGGGACAGCUGAAGGAGAAAAAAAUUCACUAUCAUACAACGAAAAUACCUUCUUAUUGAACUGCAAGACAAUGAUGUAUCUGAUGAGGAAGUCUCCUAAGGAUUUUGAAGAGCUUAUCAGAGAACACUUUAGAAUGCGUGGUUACUACAUCCUCAAGGCCUGUGACACUUAUAUGAAAGGAUUCCUUAUUGGCUCUCUCAGAAAAGAUGCUUCCGUAAGCAGUAACAACAGCGCUAAUUCAAAUUCAGUUGGUUUCAAGCUAAUGCUGGCUAAGAUUGUACCGAAACUUUUCUUGGCUCUGAAAGAAAUAGGAGUGGAGUGUGAGGAGUUCAAGCAUCUCCACCAAUUGUAGUAGAGAUCUUGAAGCAUUUGGUGUAUAUCAUUGUUCAGUCCAGCAAGACUGCUAUGCUAGUUUUGCAAGGCAUGAAGAAUUGGAUGGCUAACAGGGAGUUUCUUUGUCCAAUAAUGCUAGUGUAUUUCUUUCAUAGCCCGUUCAUCCAUUCAUCCAGCCCCUUGAACAAUUGACAUAAGAACAAUGAAUUUUGUAUGUCAAAUUUCAAGCUUAUCGCCAUUUCUUGUGGUUGCCGGGGCAAAGAGUGGUUAGCGAUGGAAAAUGCCAUUUCUUGUGGUUGCCGGGGCAAAGAGUGGUUAGCGAUGGAAAAUAACAUGAAUCAUACAGAGCACGCGCAGAGGUGGUUUGUGUUAUUCUUUGCAUUUGGUACUAGAGGCAUUUGUAUGUCGUUUGUUCCAGCGAUUACUUGAACGAGCUGGGUUUGCGAUGUCUUAAGUCCCUUGUUAACACUUGAAACUGUUAUUUUGCGUGUUAACAGAAUAAGAUCAGCCAGAUGGUUCGUUCUUGAGGCAUGUUUUUCAUCUUUA